UGUUCCCAAUCUCUCUGUUUUGUAUUUCUCUCUGUAAAAAAGUUGAGACCUUUACUUUAGUCACUCGCAUUUCCUAAACUGCCCUCGUCACCACUUUCACUCUCUCUCUCCUCCCUAUGGCCACCGUCGCGAUUCUGCGAUCACUCCGCCGCCGUGAACUCUACUCAGCUUCCGUCUCUGCCUAUAAAUUAUUCAGCUCUGCUAGCGGCGGCGGGAGGACGACGGAGCUCAAGUUACAUGGAGUUAAAGAUAUCAUCGCCGUUGCGUCCGGUAAAGGCGGAGUCGGAAAGUCUUCCACAGCUGUUAACUUAGCUGUUGCAUUGGCCAACAAAUGUGAACUGAAGAUUGGGUUGCUUGAUGCGGAUGUGUACGGACCAUCUGUUCCAAUCAUGAUGAAAAUCAAUCAAAAGCCUCAAGUUAACCAAGAUAUGAAGAUGAUUCCAGUUGAGAACUAUGGAGUUAAAUGCAUGUCAAUGGGACUUCUUGUUGAAAAAGAUGCACCCCUUGUGUGGAGAGGUCCUAUGGUAAUGAGUGCUCUUGCUAAGAUGACAAGAGGAGUUGAUUGGGGAAAUCUCGAUAUUCUUGUUGUUGAUAUGCCACCUGGAACCGGUGAUGCUCAAAUUUCCAUAUCUCAAAACCUGAAACUCUCAGGUGCUGUUAUUGUAUCAACUCCACAAGAUGUUGCGCUUGCUGAUGCUAAUCGAGGAAUCUCCAUGUUUGACAAAGUUAGAGUACCUAUCUUGGGACUUGUGGAGAACAUGAGUUGCUUUGUUUGUCCUCACUGUAACGAACCUUCUUUCAUAUUUGGGAAAGAAGGAGCACGCCGCACUGCUGCUAAGAAGGGUUUGAAACUUAUCGGUGAGAUCCCACUGGAAAUGACGAUCAGAGAAGGUUCUGAUGAAGGUGUUCCUGUGGUUGUCUCUUCACCGGGUUCUAUAGUAUCAAAAGCUUAUGAAGAUCUAGCUCAAAACGUGGUAAAAGGACUCAAGGAGCUAAGAGAUAAUCCAGAGAAUGAGAUUCAGAUGAAGCUAAACGUUCCACACUCCAGCGGCUCAUCAUAGAGCAAGCCAUGCGAACAAGAGGCUAAUAUAUAACCCAAGUUUGUUUCGCUGCUUCACCUUCUCAGCUGAUUUUACCCAAGAGAAUGUUUGCAAAGAGAAGAAUCUAUAUGCAGAGGACAAAGCGAUAGAGCCACUCACUCGUUGUGAACCAUAUGAAUCAGCAUAACAAAUUGUUAAGGCUUUUUAGCAUUAUGCGUCUCCUCUAUUCACAUUGCACCAAGGAGAAUAUUUGCAACGAAAAGAAUGUAUUUGCAGAUAAUGAAUCAAAUAAAGAGAUGUAGAGAUCACUAUAGACUUCAAAAAAACAAAUGUUCUGAGUAAGAAUUGUAGAGAAGACAUUUUGAGAUCA